UUUUUUUUUUUUUUUGAUAUAGCAACAAUGGCUAACGCACCCAGAAACUCCAUCCUUGUUCCCGGCGUCUCUCGUUACAGCCGUUCGGUCAUCUACUCCAAGAAGGCUUUGUACAAGCGCAACAAGUACAACACUCCCGCUGCUGUGAAGGAAGUUGCUGCUGAUAAGACUGUUGAAGUCAAGGGUGCCAAGAAUGGUGGUAAGCGUACCAUCCCUGCCAACAAGGCCAGCAAGUUCUAUCCUGCUGAAGAUGUUCCUCAACCCAAGAAGUCUCGCAAGACUGUCAAGGUCGCUGGUCUCCGUCAAUCCAUCACCCCUGGUACUGUUGUCAUUCUUUUGGCUGGUCGUCACCGUGGAAAGCGUGUUGUUGUCUUGAAGCAAUUGGACUCUGGUCUUCUUCUUGUCACUGGUCCUUUCCGUGUCAAUGGUGUCCCCUUACGUCGUGUUGAUCAAGCUUACGUUAUUGCCACCUCCACCAAGAUCGAUAUUGGUGCUGUCGAUGCCAAGUUCAACGAUGCUUACUUCAAGAAGUCUUCUGCUACCAAGUCUCAAGAAUUCCUUGCUUCUCAACAAGAAGGUGCCAAGGCUGUUCCUGCUUCCAAGGCUGCUGACCAAAAGGCCGUCGACAAGGCUAUCCUCGAAGCUGUUGUCAAGACUCCUUUCCUCCGUCAAUACUUGUCUGCCAAGUUUGGUUUGUCCAAGGGUCAAUUCCCCCACAACAUGAAGUUCUAGAUUAGAUACAGUUAGUUAUUAGAGCUUUUUUUGGUGAUUUUGUUGUGUGUAUGUUUUUUUUUAUGACAUCUUUUUAUUCAAAUAAAAAAUAAAAAAGGGUUGAUUUAUUACUAUUA